AUGGAUGACCGACACGACUGGCGAGAGAUCAGGCACAAGACCGGCCGACAAGACAAGAGCGGCAUGCACAUCAUACGAAUUUUGUUUCUCGUUGGUUUCCUAAUCCUGGUCUUUUACCUGUGGGGCGCGCCGUACGAGCGAGGGUUCUUCUGCGACGAUGAAUCACUCAAGCACCCGUACAAGGACUCGACAGUUACCAACAUUAUGCUGUACAUCGUGGGCUUGGGACUGCCGGUUGUCACGAUGUGCCUAACAGAAUGGAUCCGUCUCCGGGACUACAAGGGGCGGUCCCGGGUGAUCCUGGGGAAGGAGAUCCCACCGUGGGUGUGGGAGGUGUACCGCGCGGUCGGCGUGUUCCUGUUCGGGUGCGCGUGCCAGCAGCUAACUACAGACAUCGCAAAGUACACCGUGGGACGGCUGCGACCACACUUCUUUGAUGUGUGCCGCCCCGACAUAGACUGCACGCUACCAGAGAACAGGUGGCGCUACAUCGAACAGUUUACCUGCCUGGGCCAGAACCCCAAGCUUAUGAAGGAGAUGAGGCUCUCCUUCCCAAGCGGACAUAGCUCGUUCUCGGCGUAUACUAUGUUCUAUUUUUCGAUUUAUCUUCAAAAGCGGUUCCUCUGGCGGGGCUCGAAGCUCCUCCGCCAUGGCAUCCAGUUCCUGCUGAUCAUGCUUGCCUGGUACACGGUGAUGACGCGCGUCUCCGACUACAAGCACCACUGGAGCGACGUGCUCGCCGGGUUCAGCAUCGGCCUGCUGUAUGCUAUUGUCGUGUACGCCUUCGUCUCCGACCUCCGCAAGUCCGGCCGUCGUGCCACCAUCAACCACGACAGCGAGCUCACCACCAACGGCACCCGAGCCGCAGGGUGGUCCGUCUGACAGGAGGACCAAGACGACACCAGCGAGCCUUGACCCCCGCGUGUCUCGUGGAUCUCGCAUGAGUAUAUGAACCUGUAGAGGUCAGGUUAGAUUGGAUUUAAUAUGAUUAUGCCCUUUGGUUGAAAUGUAUAUAAAAUUACUGUAAGGCCGGCUAUAGACGGACCGCAUCUUGCAGUCGGUCUCAACUACAAGAUAUGGUUGCAAUACGGCGAUCAGCAGUUUCCAUACUAAAUUCAUAUCCGUAAUAGACAGACCGCUCGAGCAGUUCUUGAGCGGUCGGAGUAGUCGCUCUGCGGUCGAGUUUCGCCGUGCGGUCGAACAACAAAGGUAUGUGUGGUCGACAGCAUGAUGCGAUCGUGUUGCAGUCGUGUACAACUUCAACGCGACCGCUCUAGACCAGUUGGUCCCGACUGCAACUUCCGGUCCAUCGGCCGGCCUAAAGGUCAGGUUAAAUUGUUCUUAGUAAAACCUCUUUGGUCGUAUAAUUUUAACAACUACAAAAUAAAUGUAAACCUUUAACUAGGAAUUUAUUGAAGAAAUUUUAAUUUUAAUUGACACGAAA